AUGCAUCUCUCCAUAGUGUUCCCCACUCUCGCGCUUCUCUCCUCCGCAGAAGCUGCAGAGACGCUCCUUGGAGCUUAUAUCUUCCACCGUCAUGGUGACCGCACCCCAAAGGCUCUCGCUCCGGCGAACCUGACCUCCCUUGGAUACGAUCAAGUCUACACAUCCGGCCAAUACUUCCGCUCACGCUUCCUAUCCAACUCGUCUUCUAAGAUCUACAAGCUGAACUCGGAUGUGGUCAAGCUCUCCCAAAUCUCCGUCACGGCGCCAGUCGACAAUGUGCUUCAGAACUCCGCUAUGGGGUUCCUACAGGGGCUGUAUCCUCCAGUUGGAGAGGAACUCAACGUGCAAACGCUGUCGAAUGGCAGCAAAGUGCAGACCCCGAUGAAUGGAUAUCAAUUGAUCCCCGUCAACGCGGUUGCGCAGGGCUCGGGCAGUGAGGACAGCGGCUGGCUCCAAGACGCGUCGGGAUGCGAGAAUGCGGAGUUGAGCUCGAACAACUACUUCUCCAGCUCCGAUUACACCAAGCUGUUGAACAGCACGAAAGGGUUCUACGAAGAGUUGGUCCCGGUUGUCAAUGCCACAUUCGACCCCAGCUAUGUGACUUUCAAGAACGCAUAUAUCGUCUACGACCUCAUAAACGUCGCCACAAUCCACAACACCUCUAUCCCGUCCAACGCAACCCUUACGCCCGGGAACCUCCUCCAAACCCGCACCCUCGCCGACGCCCAUGAAUGGGGCCUGGCCUACAACGUCUCCGACGACAUGCGCGCAAUGGCUGGCAUGCAGCUCGCCGGUGAAAUCCUAAAGUAUAUGAACAGCACCAUCACCUCUGGCUCUGCGGGUCUCUCAUCCAACAAACUCGGCAUCCAGUUCGGUGCUUACGCGUCGUUUUUCUCCUUCUUCGGCCUCGCUAGCCUACCAGCCGCCAACCCAGAUUUCAUGGGCAUACCAGACUACGCGUCCUCCAUGGUCUUCGAGCUCUUCACUGACGCUGCGGUUCCAUCGGACGGGUUUCCUGCCACAAGCGACUUGCAGGUCCGCUUCUCGUUCCACAACGGCACGGCGUCCAACUUUAGCGAGCCUGUCGCGUACCCGCUUUUCGGUGGGAAGGAUCUAGCCAUCUCGUGGAACAGUUUCGCGGACUCGCUCUCCAAGUUCGCGGUCACCACGACGCAGGAUUGGUGCACGAAGUGCGGUAACACUACGGGAACGUGCGCUCCUUAUGCUUCUUCGACCCCUGCUCCUAGCUCGACCGCAAAGAGCAGCGGUGGCCAUAGUGGCAUCUCCGCUGCUGUGGGUGGUGUGAUUGGCGCUUUUGUUACGCUGGCCGUCAUUCUGGGCACGCUGGCUGCGGCUAUGCUGAUCGGCGGCCUACGGGUGGUUAGCAAGAAGAGACUCGCUGGGGGAAGCCCAGCCGUGGAGGGCGUUGCCACAGGUAAGGCAUGA